AAAGGGGCGGGGCUUGCGGGAAAGGCCCCGCCCCCGGCUCCCACGCGCCCCCGCCCCCUCCCCUUCUUGGGCAGCAGAAACCCACGUGCGUUUCAUAAAGAGCCGCGCAAAGAGCCGGAAGCGGAAGUAGCUGGGCAGAAGUAUUAGCAGAGAUUGCAGAAUGGCUUCCACCACAGAGGCUCCUCAAUAUACUUCAGAAGACGAGGAAAACCAGAAGGAUGUCCAGCCGCCUGAAGACCCACCUCCUGCAAUCGAAGAUAGCCUGAGCAGAGAACCCUGCGUUUCUGAGAUUCUCCAAAAAUAUGAAAAGUUGUUUGCACAUCGAUUUACAGCAGAGGAUGAAGAAUAUCAGAAAUACGUCAAGCGUCCCGCAGACCAACCUCCUAUAAUACAAGACUGGAGAAGCAGAUCGGGUGGAAACCAGCGAUACAGAGAUCGAUACAGAGACAACCGACAGUUUAAAGGCAGAGAAGACCGAUACGACCGGCAAGGAGGCUACAGGUCCAACCAGUGGCAAGACAGAGGCUGGGGGAACAACUAUUCCCAGCGCCGUCAAGGACAAAUGUCCUUCUCUCAACAUGGACGGCAGUCCCAUUAUGGCUAUGGUUCAUACUCCCAGGGCUAUUACUAGUACGGUGUUUAGCAUUGAUUGUCCAGCAUAACAAGUAGUUUCCUUGAUUCCAUCAGUUUUAUCCUAGUUUCAAUUUUUUUUAAUCAAGAAAAGUCUUCUUUUUCAAAAUCUUGAAAUAUUUUGCAGUCUAUUUCAGGAAAGAAGAUAGAGAAUUUGAAACUGAAAUUUAAAAAGCAAACUGUGAACUUGCUGCUUUGCCUUCCUUGUCACUCCAUCCUAUUAUAUGGAUAAAUAUUGGAUGUUUGGAGGGGAUUUGCUUUGCUUCAGAAGCAUUUGCAUAUCUGACAUACAUAUUUUGUGGGAAGGAUGAUUAAAAUCAGUAAUACAUCAUGAUAGAGAAAUGUUGCUUUCUUGUUGCCUUUUUUAUUGCUGAUGAAUAAGCUUUUGGUUUUUCCCCAUUUGACUCGUCUGAAGUGCUGUUAAUCCCUGUGGCACACUUGGUUUAAAUUUCAGUUUAAUUCGCAAACAGCCAAUGAGCUGAAGUGUCAAACUGAGGUUAAAACCUUUGUGAAAGAUGAACUAUUUCAUUUUGUUUUUACAUGUAUUGUCAAUACACAGUGUCCUUUUAAGUUUAUUAUUCCUGCUGUCUUUCUUUUCUCAGAGAGCUUGCUGUUUGGACUGUUGUACAGUGUGGAAUAAAAUCCAGAGACUGAAUGAAA